GAUGGCCAUCAACGGCGCACGGGCUGUCAAGUGCAUGGUCACGGAGACGUCCGACCUGGAUGCCAACACCGGGAUCAGCUACCGGCACCUCUCCCUGUACGAGGUGAACAAGGAGCUACCGAAGGCUCCAGGUGGCAAGUGCGCCCUUCCGGAGGGUGCCUUCUGGCUGCUGCUGACAGGGGAAGUCCCCACAGCGCUGGAAGUUCAGGGCUUGACGGAAGAGUUGCACAAGCGCGCAACAAUCCCGCCGAAUGUGAUGGCAACGAUUGACUCGCUGCCCAUCGAGACGCACCCGAUGACGCAGCUUUCCGUCAGCAUGCUGGCAUUGCAGAAGGACUCCAAGUUUGCGCAGAAGUAUAACGCUGGCAUGAAGAAGGACGAGUACUGGCAGUAUGCGCUGGAGGACGCCUUGGACCUGAUCGCCAAGAUCCCGAUCGUGGCGGCGAAGAUCUACCGCCGCACGUUCAAGGACGGCGUCGUCCCGGAGUACAACCCCAAGCUGGACUGGUCCGUGGCUGGGCCGCGCCGUUACGCGAUACACAUCGCCCACCGUUUGCUGGAACGCGCUGAGCGUUGUGGGUCCACCCUGUAUGUUCAACUCCUUGACUGGUCGAAGGCCUUCGACGCGGUCCACCCGCAGGCUGUGGCUGUUGCCCUUCAGCAUCAUGGAGUAACCCCGGACUUCAUCCGCAUCGUGGAGGCCAGCUCGGGUAUCCGACAAGGCUGCCCCCUCUCGCCUUACUUCUUCUUAGUGGUCCACAGCAUGAUCAUGAUGUAG